ACGAGGUGGGGAGGGGGAAUGGAUAGGCAGCGAAAAGAGGGAACAGCAAAACAAAACGAGUGUGGGCGAAGAGAGAGAAAGAGAGACGAGGAGAGGGGAAGACGAAAAAAGGGGAGGCGAGGAGAAGGGCGCGACGGGAUUGGAGAAGCCGGGAAACGGAGAGCAGAGAGGUGGAGCGGAAUCUCGUGGGCUGGGUCGAGAGAGAGAACCCAAGCUCCUGUCGGUCUCUUCGUUCGCUUCCGUUAAAUCCUAUGCUUAGAUUCCUAAUCUUCGUUCUCCAUCCUUAACCAAUCUUUUCAGAUUCUUGAUCUGGAUUCCCAAUCUCUGUUUUCUCCAAUGUUGUCUCGAGAUUUCUAAGUGGUUGUCAUUUUCUCUUUGUUUUCUAAUGAGAUCUGUUUGGUUCUUGGGUGGUUCGCUUUGUUGAUCAUUAAUUUUGGUGGUGUUCUCGCGGAUUGCUGGGUGGUUUUUUUUUUUUUUUAAUGGUUUUUGGAGGUGGAUCUGAUCGUCAUUUGUCGAGAAUUUUUGAGGUUUUUCGAGGACAUUAGAAAGUGGUGGCGGAGGAAAAUAGAUUAAAGAAAGGCAAGAAAUAGGGGGAGAAGAUUCUAUCAAAUCCUCAUUGUCUCUGUGCUUGGAGAGGGCCCAACGAAUCUGCCCUUUUUUUUCCUUUUCCUCCUUUUUCUUCUGGGGUUUGAAAGAUUUCUGUCCUUCUACCAACGUCGAUAAUUUUUAUUCGGAUCGGGCUGAAAUCGGGGUGGUUGUCGUCGGCGUCGGCGUGGGCGGGCGGGGAAGGCAAGGCUUGGUGGCGGCGGGGGAAGAAAGGCGGAUAUCGACGGAUCCGCCGGCGGAAGGAAACGGGGGGCUUGGCUGCCUGGCUGGUUUGGCGUGCAUACUGGAUUUAAUCAGGGCCCUCCGGAUGGGGUCCUGCCUGUCGUCGGACGGGUGGAGCAGCUCGCCGCACCCGUCGUCCCCGUCGUCGCCCACAUCGGGGGCAAAGCGGCCCGGCAAGGCGGCGCCGGGGAGGCGGCAGGGGCCCCGGAGCUCUUCCUUCGAGCAGCUCCACCGGAUUCCGGGUAGGCUGUUCCUUAACGGGGCCAGCAGCGUCGCAUCGCUCUUUACGCAGCAGGGCAAGAAGGGGACCAACCAGGAUGCCAUGAUUGUGUGGGAGAAUUUUGGUUCGAGAGCCGACACAGUUUUUUGCGGGGUUUUUGAUGGUCAUGGACCGUAUGGCCAUAUGGUUGCAAGGAGUGUAAGAGAUUCUCUACCUCUGAAGCUGAGUAGUCAUCUGGAAGUAAAUGUAGGUAGUGAUGAUCAUAGAGAAUGCAGUAUUAUUAGCCAUUCAGGAAGCAUGAAUUCAGAAGAAACUUCAUCUAUAUGUCUGGAUAAGGAGCCCAGGGUUUUCACUGAUAUUGGAGAGAAAGAUAAGCAUCCAGAUAUCUUUAUGACGCUGAAAGAGUCAUUCCUGAAGGCUUUCAAAGUUAUGGAUAAAGAACUGAAACUGCAUCCAAAAAUUGAUUGCUUUUGCAGUGGGACAACAGCAGUCACCGUGGUCAAACAGGGUGAAGAUCUUGUAAUUGGGAAUGUGGGGGACUCAAGAGCUGUGCUGGGUACUAGAGAUAAAAAUGACUGCUUGAUUGCUGUGCAGUUGACUGUGGAUCUUAAACCUAAUCUACCGAGGGAAGCAGAGAGAAUCAGGAAAUGUAGGGGCCGUGUUUUUGCUCUUCAGGAUGAACCAGAGGUGGCCCGGGUUUGGCUGCCGAACAGUAACUCCCCGGGCUUGGCAAUGGCACGAGCUUUCGGAGAUUUUUGUCUGAAGGAUUUUGGUUUAAUUUCUGUGCCAGAAGUUUCAUACUGGCGCAUUACGGAAAGGGAUGAGUUCAUUGUGCUGGCCACUGAUGGGGUGUGGGAUGUAUUGUCUAACAAAGAAGUGGUUGACAUUGUCGCCUGUGCUCCUGCUCGGUCCUCUGCAGCUCGUUUCCUUGUUGAGUCAGCAGUCCAAGCCUGGAGGCUCAAAUACCCAACCUCCAAAAUUGAUGAUUGUGCGGUAGUCUGCCUAUUCCUCAAGACAGAUGCACCCAAUAAUUCUUCCAAUCUCAAGACAGCAGAUUAUAUGGGAACUGGCAGGGGCAAACAAGAGCCAUCUACUCCAAGCAGCACGGACCGUUCUGAGAUCCUCACAGAUGGGGAUAAAGAAGGCACCAAGAAGCAAUUGUCUAGUUCUUUGUCACAUCAAGAGCCCGCUGAUGGCAAUGCCAGUGUAAAGGAGGGUGAUGAGCGGUCUACUCUGGAGGGUGUAUCUCGAGUGGACACCCUGUUAACCCUGCCAAGGUUUGUUGCCGGGGAGCAGCCUCCUGCAAGCACCAAGGCUCAAAAAUGAGGUUGACUGAUGGGCUUAGCUAUGCUCUGUGGGCUGAUGCAGUGGGCACUCCUUUAUCUAUUGUUUUGAGAGGAGAGCAAUACCGGCUUUAUUAGCAUGUCUGGCUCUCUCCAUUAAUUCCAUAUUCCAACAUGAGUAGGAUUGCUGUUUUAGUAAAAUCCCAACUCGGUUAGUGUUAUUUGUUAUAAUUAUUGUGUUCAUAAUAAUUUUUGUCAUUAAGGAUUAUCUAUGCAUCACUUAGAAGCCCCUCUUUUGUAUUCUUUGAUCUUCUCAAGUCAAAAGUACUGUUUCUUAUUUGUUCAUUUAUUUAUUGAUUUAUUUUA